AUGCCACGAAAUCAGAGAGCCUCUCCCGGCCCCAACGGAGCCCCAAGUCCUAUACCUUUGGCUGGGAGUGUGAAUGGUCCUGCGGCAGUAGGUCAGCAAGCAGGAAGUCAAAGCCCGUCAGGAGACGCUCCGAUAAUAAUGGACAAUCCCGCCAUUGCUCAGCUCGAGGUAGACGACGAAAACGAAGACACGGUAUCCAUAUACACCAUGGAUGCCUACCCCAAUAUGACGGCUGCGUACCAAGUCGAUCGUCCUCAUCACCCUGGCUCUGGCUCUGCGCAUGAUGAUGCCACAAUUGACUCGGCGCGAACAUUAUACGCCGAAGAUGUCGACUACACCACCGAGCACGAUCGGACCUACUGUGGCGACUACUUCAUGCCAGUUGACCAGACCGAGCAAACGCGCCAAUAUGUAGCUCACCAAGUGUACCUCAAGCUGUUCAACCUCGAGCUGACCACGGUACCGUUGCACAACCCUAGCUACAUUCUCGACAUCGGCACGGGCAUCGGUGAAUGGGCGAUAGGAAUGGCGGAAAAGUAUCCGCGGUGCGAGGUGUUCGGAACCGAUAUUGCGCCUAUCCAGCCAACCCAUCAGGUCCCCUUCAACGUCGAGUUUCACAUCGAGAACGCCGAGGACGAGUGGAUUCGCCCAGCUGACGCAGUCGAUUUGGUCCAUUUCCGGAACAUGGAAGGCGCCUUUUCAGACUGGCGCUACAUCUACCAGCAGGCGUACAACUGCCUCAAACCCGGCGGCUGGAUCGAAGUUAUCGACUACGACGACCACUUCACCUCCGAGAACUUCCUAUCCUACUUCGCGCCAGACUCACCCGCACACCUGUUGGCCAAAGGGGUUUUGGAAGCCGCGCGAGUGGCGGGGCGGCCGCGCGGGAUUGACCACAUGAGCAAGGAACUCCUCGAGGAACUCGGGUACGUAGACGUCAAGGAAACCGUGUACGACAUGGGAGUCGGUUCCCGCGAAAACAGCAGCUACGGGAGCUUUUAUCUGUUCACGGUCGUCACGGGCCUGGAGGCAUGCUGCUUGCGCUCUCUGACCAAGUUUCUGGGUUGGGAUCCCAAGGUGGUGCGGGACAUGUGUAAGCAGACUGCCCUGGAGACGAGGGCGAUUGCCGAGGACACCUCGAGGACGGGCAAAUUUGUGGUCAAGCUCCGGGUCAUGGUUGCCAGGAAACCAACGGCGCAGGAGCAGUGGCUGGCCAGGGGCACAGUAGUACCAACGGAGUCUGACUGCGGGACGCUUCGGGAUGGAGACCAGAGCACGAUUCGGUCGGUGAAGACGGUGAAGACAGCUAUAUCGGACGCGACGGGGCAAGAAGCGCGGCCCGUUUCUCAACGCUCGAAAAUCACCGAAGGAUGA